AUGCAUCUUUGGGCUUUCGCUGGCUUCGUCUUCUUCGGCGCUGCUGGGCCGCCACUGAUUUUCGAUUUCCUCACCACCGCAGAGUUGCACGACUUCGAUUGCGUGGAGGUGAAGAGCUCUCAUGUUGACUGGUCGGCUAUCAAGCAUCGCGUGCAAAAAUUUGAUGCCGAUUGGCAGGCUCCGCAGUUGCGGAGCACUCAGCACCAGUCGUGUCAGACGCCUGCCUUCGAGCUCGUUGUCCUUAGACGGAUAUCGGAUGCUUCUUCCGAGUGCGCAUUGGGAGCUCUUUCUGCGGUGCUUCUGGUUCUCUUGUGCACUGCCGGCUGCUCUAGCCGACAUGAGUCAGCGUUUGAUGAUGUAUGGAGGGCCUUCCUGGGCCGCUCUCUGCCCUUGUAUCUUCUCGGCACGUCGGCAUGGCCGGUUGCUUCACUUCUGGCCAAGUGGCAAUCCACUUGUGGGGGCCAGUUCCUGCAGCAACGACCCACGCAGCUUCACCAAAAAAACAUCACUUUUGUCAAUCACAAGUCUGGACCCACUCAAGCUGGGUCAAACGAGCCCAACUCAACGGCAUUGGCACUUUGCGCACAGCCGGAAGUGCUGGAGUUCUUGAUGCAUGUCGAAGCGGCUACGCAGGAGCAUUUGAUGCCGCUCCUUUGGCGGCCAAAGGAAAAGGCUGGGGCAGCAGAAGUCCUGCUCGGGCUCUUUGUCUCCAGCACCCUGCGUCCGCUGACGGCGUUCAUGAACAGUGCACCUCGAGCAGACCCAGAUUUCUGGACGGCCUGCGCCGCAGCUUGUGCUGCAGAGGGUGCUGCCCUUCUUUUGAUCCGAUUGCUUGGCACGCCAGUGCCACGUGACCCACUUGACCGGCCUCGGCUAAGUGAGCUUGCCAAGUUGGUCGCCCACAUGCCCUUUGCCACCAUAACGGAGACCUCGGCUGUAUUUUCUGCUGCAAUCGCUGCAUCGCACUACGUCGCGUGGCGCUCGCAUGACCUGUUUCUGGACGUCAAACGUCACGAGGUUCGCCGAGUGCUGGGAAAGGCAGCGGAGCAAGUGCAAGAGUCCUUUCAGCAAUGCAACUCCGGCUGCGGAUUGCUGCAGAGUUUUCAUGAGGGCGUGCACCAAAAUCGUCUUCGUUUUUGGGAGGCUGUGGCUGAAGCAGAUCUUCCUCCGUUGUGGAGGCAGGUUUGCCGCUGGCUCAUUUCCAGACCAACGACACGCACGGAAGGUUCCUUGCACAGUACACCAAAGUAUGGUGCUUCAGCAGUGCCCGUGUACUUUGCCAUCGCGUAUGGGUCCAUGGAUGAGCGCUGGGUUUGGCACUUCUUAAACAGAGCCUUGGACUUGAGGCUUCCGCGGGUUGUGUUCGCCACGCCUGCUGCCCAAUGGAUGCUGUUGUGCGAAGAUGUGCGACAGACGCGCCACAGAUUGUCCGAGUUGCUGUGUUUGCACAUCUCAAGCACAUCUGCCAGACCACUUGAUGUUCACGACAAGGCAAAAUUUUGCCUUUUGCCGGUGUUCUUGUCCCUUGGCUUGGACGUGAUCUCCCUGGAUCUGGAUGUUUUUCUUUUCAAGGAUCCCACAGGGCGACUUCUGGAAACCGUCUACAGCACAUCGCCUGUGGAUGUGGCAGUUACCGACCAUUUUGAUGGUACCUGCCUUGACGCCGGAGUCCUUUUCGUCCGGGCAAGCGACCAGGCAUUGCUGUGGGUCCUGAGCCUGAUAGAGUGGCUCCAUUCGUAUCCAUACGGUCACUUUCAGAACGGUUUGGAUGCCUUCCUUGGCCAUUCCAUUUUGGAGCCACAGUUGCCGGACAGCGCCAUGCAGACAGCUGCCAGUGUAUCCUACAUUGUGCUGGGAACUGAUGUGGAGUACGCUUCUUUGGCAGGUUGGGCAGGAUCUCUGGUAAAGCAACGACACCAGGUGCUCCUUCUUCAUUUUACGCCUGCCAUCUCCGUAGGGCUCUCGAAAGGCGAGAAGCAGGUUCAGCUACUGCAGCUCUUCAACGCAACGGCGUGUCGGGUUGGGGAGAAGGAGCCUGAUGCACAACGCCUGGAGAUGGCCAAGUGGAAGGUCCUGCAUCGUCUGCACACCAACGUUUCAAGGUGGAGAACGCCUUGCUAUGUUGGCAUCCACCCAGCUGUGACCCAUCUGGUGGAGUCCGGCUUGUAUGGUGAGCUGCUGGCAUAG